AUGCCCCCGGCGGGGGGUAAACGAUACCUUACCUCCACUGCAGUCUUCGUGAGUGAAGUGGUCAAGUUGGCCGUCGCCCUCACAAUGGCCCUCUAUGACGUCUCGAAAACUGCACCGCCAUCCAUGCCCGCCACCUCCCUCUUCUUCUCGCUCACAAGUGCUGUCUUCUCGGGCGAUAGUUGGAAGCUGGCUAUCCCCGCCGGCCUCGGGGUCCUGUCAAACUCCCUCCAAUACAUUGCGUUGUCAAACUUGCGCCCGGCGGUAUUCAUGGUUACCUAUCAGCUGCAGUAUGUGCCCAUAGCUCUCUUCGGCUCGGUGGUUUUCCAACGGCAUAUGACGGGUCGUAAAUUGGGCCUGAUUGUACUUCUUCUGGCGGGCUUUGCUUUGGUCCAGCUCUCCAAUACCAACGUGGAGCAGAUGUCUCUUCAGGAUGAACGGUCAUCGCUCCAUUUUCCACGAUCUCUCGAAGAGUGGAAGGCCGUCAAGGGCGCUACAGGGAACCUGCACAAGCGUUCCGCCACCUAUGAAGGCAUUGAAGAGGACCUCCUGACGGCUGAUCCACGUCUGAACCCUUUUGUGGGCCUCCUGGCCACAAUUGGCGCUGUCUGGGCGUCUAGCAUUGGUGAGGGAUAUUUUGAGAAGGUUCUCAAGGACAGCUCAAAUCACACAUCGAUGUGGGUGCGCAAUGUGCAGUUAGCAAUUUAUGCCGUUUUCCCCGCCUUGUUCAUUGGUGUUGGGUUUCGGGAUGGCGAGCGAAUUGCCAACGAUGGUUUCUUUCAAGGCUACAAUUGGGUCGUAUGGUCGACGAUCCUGGUCCAGGCUCUUGGUGGCAUCCUCUCCACCUUCUCCAUUGGCCAUGGACAGAGAGACCCUAGGUCGCUGGCCACCACGGCCAAUAUCGCUUUGAGCAUCGUUGGAAGUGUCUGGCUUUUUGACUUUGAACUUUCCCCAACAUUUGUAUUGGGCUCCGCUGCAAUUCUUGUAGCCACCCACUAUUAUGGAAACCCAAGAUUUGGCCCAGCCGUGGCCAAAGUCGGUGGCGUGCGCCCACCGCCCAUCCGUGUCGAUGCAUAUGAGAAGGACUCCGGCAAUGGAAAUGGCUCUCCUGUCAACGGGUCCACCAACGAUUUCUCGAUCAAACUCCCUUCCACCCCGUUCCUUUCAGAUGGCAUGUCAUCAUCUCGACCAACCUCCCCGAACCCGGGCCAUACUCGGAGCAGCAGAGUAGGACUCAUUGACCAGGGGCUUAUUGAUGGAUCCCACCAGUCCCAGCAUUUCGCGACAGUCUCCGAAGGCCCAUUGCCCCCACAAGACUUGAUUUCUACGUUUCGUGACGAGGAGUCUCAAUUGGAUGCGUUCGAUCUGGAGCUUCUCGCUCAAGAUGACCAAUCGGAUGUAUUCCAAGUACAACAGUCUAUGAACCCUCGAUUAACUCCCCAACAAGAGAGCUUUGUGACCAGCUACGAUGAUCAUAAUGCCUCACCGCAAAGAUCUCGCUUCUUUGAUCCAAGCCUUGAAUUCAGCUACGUGCAUGAACUUGGCUCUAGCCAAUCCGAACUUACUUCUGGCCCGCCAUCAAGCCCACUGAUGAGGUUGAAUCAAAGGAAGGGAACAUCUUGGCUUCCACGACCAUGGCUGGAACCUCAAAACUGCUCAUCGCAGUAUGAAGCAACCCCAUCUUCACGCUUGCCAGUCACUCUGUCUCAACUGAAUACCGCAUUGCCCAAUGACGUGCCAAGUCAAAAUGCCUCACCAUUUGAUAAUAUCCCGCUCUCCGUGCGAGGCAUAGUCCUAGUUUCAGUGCAAGAACUUCCAGAGCGCUACCGCAGUUUAUAUCCAUUUCCAUUAUUCAACGCUAUUCAAUCCAAGUGCUUCCAACCCGUAUACCAUACCAACGACAACAUCGUGCUCUCGGCGCCAACAGGGAGCGGGAAGACAGUGGUCAUGGAACUUGCGAUUUGCAGACUACUCGAUGUUCUGAAGGAUGAAAGAUUCAAAGUAAUAUAUCAGGCUCCAACGAAAUCUCUUUGCUCUGAAAGAUUUCGCGACUGGAACGCCAAGUUCGCAAAACUGGACCUGAAAUGCGCGGAAUUGACAGGCGACACGGACCACAUGCAACUUCGAAACAUACAGAACAGCCAAAUCAUAAUCACUACGCCCGAGAAGUGGGACAGUAUGACACGGAAAUGGAAAGACCACAUGCGUCUCAUGCAGUUGGUGAAACUUUUUCUCAUCGACGAAGUUCAUAUUCUUAAAGAAACACGUGGUGCAACUCUCGAGGCUGUUGUAUCUCGGAUGAAGAACAUUGGCUCGAAUGUUCGCUUCAUCGCUCUAAGUGCGACGGUUCCCAAUUCAGAGGAUAUUGCAACCUGGCUCGGCAAAGAUUCGACUAAUAAACAUGUGCCAGCACAUAGAGAGCAUUUUGGUGAGGACUUUCGGCCUGUGAAGCUUCAGAAAUUCGUGUAUGGGUAUCAUCAGUCGAUAAUGAAUGAUUUUGCGUUUGACAAAAUUUGCGGCUCAAAAUUGCCGGACAUCAUUGGGAAACAUUCAGGUCAAAAGCCUAUCAUGAUUUUCUGCUGUACAAGAAAUUCGUCUGUUUCGACGGCCAAAGAUCUUGCUCGUUUGUGGAACAUGACAAACCCACCUGCCAGAUGCUGGAAAGGCCCUGGGAAGAGGAUUGAAGUCUAUAAUGAUGACUUGAGAGCAAUGAUCUCUGCCGGCGUGGCAUUCCACCAUGCUGGGCUCAGCGCGACCGACAGACAUGUUGUCGAGAAAGGAUUUUUGGAGGGACAGAUCAACGUCAUCUGUUGUACUUCGACUCUGGCCGUGGGCGUGAACCUGCCAUGCCAGUUGGUGAUCAUUAAAAACACCGUCGGGUGGCAAGAGGGAGGCUGUAAGGAAUACUCGGACCUAGAGAUGAUGCAGAUGCUUGGCCGGGCAGGACGGCCUCAAUUUGAUGAAAGUGCUACUGCAGUGAUCUUGACGAGAAAAGAGCGAGUUGGUCAUUAUGAAAGGUUAGUAGCGGGUUCGGAGAGCCUUGAGAGUUGUCUUCACCUUAACCUCAUUGAUCAUCUCAAUGCGGAAAUCGGACUGGGAAAUGUUACCGACGUCGAAUCUGCGAUCAAGUGGCUUGCGGGAACUUUUCUCUUUGUUCGGCUUCGUCGGAACCCUACUUGCUACAAGCUCAAGGAGGGUGCAAGUCAGGAAGAUGAGGAUGCACUGCUUCGGCAGAUAUGCGAGAAGGACAUCCGACUUCUCCAGGACUGUGGACUUGUUGCAACCGGUCAGCUUUCCUCGACUAAGUUCGGUGACGCCAUGGCUCGGUAUUACAUUCGAUUUGAGACCAUGAAAGCCUUGCUCGCCCUAAAACCACAGGCAAACAUUUCUGAGAUUUUUGAUGCGGUCGUUCAAGCUGAGGAGUUCCGAGAAAUUCGUUUAAAACCAGGGGAAAAGAUGCUCUAUCGAGAGAUCAACCGUGACCCGGGAAUCCGGUAUGCUAUCAAAGUUGACAUCGCACUUCCAUCCCACAAAGUCUCGCUUCUACUUCAAGCAGAGCUCGGUGCUAUCGAUUUUCCAAACACCGACCAGCUACAGAAGCACAAGUUCUCGUUCCAGCAAGAUAAAAAUCUCGUAUUUGCACAUGUGAACCGCUUGAUUCGCUGCAUCAUUGACUGUCAGAUUGCAAAAGAAGACUCGGUUUCCACAUGCAACGCCCUUGAAUUGGCACGUGGAUUCGGUGCAAAGGUCUGGGAUCAUUCACCGCUUCAAAUGAAGCAGAUUGAUCAAGUGGGUGUGGUAGCUGUACGGAAACUUGCGGCCGCUGGUAUCACAAACAUGGAGGAACUUGAAGCUGCUGAAGCCCCACAAAUCGAUAUGAUUCUGAGCAAGAACCCACCCUUUGGGACAAAGCUUUUAGCCCGACUGAGGGAUUUUCCCAAGUUGAGAGUUGCAGCUGAAAUGAUUGGAAAGUCCGGAGAUGUUAAAAUACGGUUUAAAUUCGAAGUAGCCUUCAUGAAUGAAAAGGUCCCGAUUGUCUUCCAGCGACGACCAGUCCAUGUUUGCUGUUUAUCAGAAACCUCAGAUGGCCGGCUCAUCGAUUUCAGACGCAUAAGUGCUAGACAGCUUCUGAAUGGCUUUGAGGCAACUAUUGUUGCAGAUAUCAAGGAACCAAGCCAAUUCAUCAUCUGCCAUACCAUGUGCGACGAUAUUGCCGGUACUGCGAGAAAAGCUGAGAUCAAGCUUAAUCUUACCGGACAUCCAUUUCCACCUAAUAAGCCAAGGCGAAGUGGAACCAGAUUUGAAAAAACCACAGUAAAGUCAAAAAUCGACACUCGUCAACCCGAUGUUUGGGAUCUCCCUAUAAGCCCGAUCAAAGGUCUGUCAGAAGCCGAUAAUUUUGAUGGGGAUGAUUUGCAGCUUGACGACUUUUUGAACGUGAUAAAGAGGUGUCAGAACCCCAAACCUGCCAGUCCUCCAAAAGUAUCAAGGGAAAGUUUAAAAGACGAUUUAGAUUGGCUAUCCCUGGACGACACCCCAAGCCCUUGUCGGCAGCCCUCAGUCAAGCGCUCUAAUAGAAGGAGUAAGUUGGUGUCGGAAACAGGACUUCAGGAUGAUGGAAUACAUGAACCAUUGCAACUUCCAAAUGGAAAUUGGGCUUGCAACCAUAAAUGCAAGGACAAGACAAGUUGUAAACACUUUUGCUGUCGCGAUGGUCUUGAGAAGCCCCCCAAGACCAGUAAACAGAAAUCCGCUCUCACGUCAAAACCUAGUAACCUCAGCCAAUUGACAUUGUCGGCAACCAUUACCAAGCGAGAUACGAAGGCAUACCCUGAGAAAGGAAAGCAAACAACCAAACAGAAGUUUAUUGACGAGAAAAAAUCAAGCAAUAUAUCAGAAACGACUCCUUUCAAAACUUCAAACAAGCGAAGAUCUUCAGAUCAGCACCACGCCCACGCCAUAGAUAACAACAAAGGUUUUUUCUCACUGUCAGACAAAAAGGAAGAAAAUGUUUCGAGGGGAAUGUCUCCCAGUGAUUACCAUGAUGAUGAUAGUCUGGACGACUUCCCACCCCUCUCAACUCUGUUAAAAGACAGAACCUCUGCUUCCGGAAGGUCUACAUCAAUGCUGUCAUCCACGGUGCUGCUUCCGAGUGAAAAGCCAGAUAGGACAUUCCAUCGCAGUCUUUCCGACGCGAGUAGUGAAUUCUUCAAAACAGAAAAAGGACUCACGAGUCCAAAGACCCCAAAAUACAUUGAAAUCUCAGAUGACUCUACGCCAAACCCGGACAUUUUCACUAACCCCGGUGACUUGGAAAGCUCUGCUAUAACGGAGUCUCAUUCUAUAUCCAGUCGACAACCCGUGGCCUUUCCAGCCAGGAGGCCAAGCAAUCCUUACUGGUUCGAUGAAAGAACCUUGAACUCAAUAAAAAAAUCACCAUUUCGAAUUUCUCUUCUUCCUGAACUGAACACCAUGCACGCCCUUCCUCGUUUGGAGCCCAUGUCUGCUCCUGUUUCAAACGUAGAAGAUCUCAAGGCCCAGGCCUCCUCUGACACCUCUUCUGGAUGGGACGAUAUUGAUCGACUUUUGCUGGAAGAAUUUAACGAUGCCAUAAAUCAUUAUUAA